AUGAUGAACUUUUGUCUGAUUUGGAUUGCCAACCUACAUCCUUCUGAUACAUUAGUCAAAGUCACUUCUGUUAUUGCAAAUGGACAGAACAUUAACUACACUGAGGACACAAAUUUCACUCCACUUUUCCUAUCUUAUAAUGAUAUUUUUGAUGAAAAAAAUUUCCCGGAGAUGAAAUUUGAUGCCUUCAAGAUUAAUCUCAAACCUGAUUUUCAACCCUAUGCCAAGCGAAGGCAAGGAAAAUCUCGAUUCUCUACAUGGAUCAACUUAAGAAGCAACUUGAUGAAGUGGAACGUCUUGGUGUUAUCCUCAGUCCAUGAUCAUGAAGAGCCAAGCACUUGGUGUCAUCCAAUCGUUAUUGUACCUAAGAAAGAUAGUGACGAACUGAGAAUCUGCAUUGACUUCACCCGCCUCAAUAAGUUUAUCCAGCGUAAAUUCUACCCUAGUAAUUCACCCUUCGAAGCUGUAACAAGCAUUCCUGCUGAAGAGCUCAAAUAUUUCUGCAAAUUCGACGCUCGUCAUGGCUACUGGCAAAUUCCACUGCACCCUGAGUCUCGUCCCUUGACCUGUUUCAUCACACCCUUUGGUAGAUAUGUGUGUAAUCAAGCCGCAUUCGGAAUCAGCAGUAUCAGUGAGUGCUACAACCUUCGCAUGGACAAAGUUGUCAAUGGCUUACAAGGUAUACGUAAAAUCGUAGAUGAUGUUCUCGUCUAUGCACCAACCCUCUCUGCUUUGAAGAAACGCGUUCACGCCUUCCUAGACCGAUGCUCCAAGCAUGGGGUCACAUUGAAGCGUUCAAUGUCCCAGAUAGCUGUCACUGAAGCUGAUUUUGGCGGAUUUCACCU